UGCCCCUGUGGGACCAGUUCUAAAGUGGUUUGCUGUUGAAUCCACACAGAUAUGGCUUGCAAGUCAUGGAGAAGGUUCUGAAGAUGGCUGAAGGCAUUGAUAUCGGGGAAAUGAGGACGUACGAGUUGGUCCCUAGCAGGAAGCUAAAAAGAUACCGCUCUCCAUCUGACAGUCCAGAGCUGGAAGAGAUUCCUGAGCCACCCAAAAAGAUGGUCCCCAGGUUCCGGGUGCGACCACGUUUUGAACCCAUACACUUUGUCACCAGUGCUGAGAAGGAUGGCAAGAAGGAAGAUUCUUUGGAUAACCAAAUGCAGGAGGUGAACCAGGAGGCAAAUACAAACAGCAUAGCGCAGCCAGCUGAAAACUGUACAAAUUCUUUUGCGAGUGCACAGGAGGUGGAUCCCCAGCUCUCCAACUCAGCUGGGUUUGGCUUUGCAGGCCAGGCAGCAGCCGCCAAGGCGGCUGUGAAUAGUAUGGACUCUACCACAAGCAGCGUGUUGCAGGUUUCUGUUUCUCCUUCAACUGUCCAGUCUGCAUCAGAGAUUUUCCCUCCGUCAGCUAUAAUGCUGAAGCAGAGUUUUAUCGAGAAACUGUCAGCAGCUAUCUGGAAAAAUCUUGCUAACCCAGAUGCAAACACUGGGACUGAUAAAAUAAACUAUACGUAUCUUUUGACACGUUCAAUUCAGGCAUGCAAGACAAAUCCUGAAUAUAUUUAUGUUCCUCUGAAAGAAAUCGCCCCUGCUGACCUCCCCAAGAGCAAGAAGCUCCUAACAGAUGGCUUUGCUUGUGAAGUGCGAUGUCAGAAUGUCUACCUGACCACCGGUUACGCUGGCAGCAAAAACGGAUCCAGGGAUCGAGCCGCGGAGCUGGCAGUCAAGCUGCUGAAGAAGUCUGUGGAAGUUAGGGUUGUUCAGCGGAAGUUCAAGCACACCUAUCACGAAGACUUGGUGGUGUGCGAGGCAGGCGUGAGUCGCCCAGACUUCCCUCCUGCUCUCAAACCUCAUGAGGAGUUUGUAGUUGCCAACAGGGACUGUGUCCCGAUGCAGCCUGGUACUGAAUCUGUGAAAGGUUCCACUAAUACCAACAAACACUGGACUAGUUUUGUCCUCACAGAGAAUGCCAGCGACGCAAUAGGAAUACUUAACAAUUCUGCCUCAUAUAACAAAAUGUCUGUUGAAUAUAAAUAUGAAUUAAUGCCCAACCGCUCGUGGCGUUGUCAAGUGUAUCUACAAGAUCACUGCCUAGCUGAGGGAUUUGGCACUAAAAAGACCAGCAAGCACGCAGCAGCCGAGGAGGCACUGAAAAUUCUGCAGAAGAUACAGUCAAAUAUAGCAGCCAUCAAAGUGACCCAGGUUCAGAAAGUGGGCUGCUCGUCGCGGGGCUCCGGAAGGAAGAAGGACCUGAAGGACCUCGUGGUGUAUGAGAACUCCAGUAAUCCGGUGUGUACGCUGAAUGACACCGCCCAGUUCAACAAGAUGACGGUGGAGUAUGUCUUUGAAAGGAUGACUGGCAUGCGAUGGAAAUGCAAGGUGCUGCUUGAAGACGAAUUCAUCGCAGAAGCAGUUGGAGUGAAGAAAUCUGUCAAGCACGAGGCAGCAGAGGAAGCCGUGAAAAUCCUCAAAAAGACUCAGCCAACUGUUGUUAAUAACCUGAAGAAGGGCACCGUCGAAGACGUCAUCUCCAGAAAUGAGAUUCGGGGUCGAUCAGCAGAGGAGGCUUUCAAACAGAAGAUCAAAGAGGACAACAUUGGGAAUCAAAUUUUAAGAAAGAUGGGCUGGACAGGCGGUGGCCUAGGGAAAGAUGGUGAAGGAAUUAGAGAGCCUAUCUCGGUGAAGGAGCAGUUUAAAAGGGAAGGACUCGGGCUUGAUGUGGAAAGGGUGAACAAAAUCGCUAAAAGAGAUAUUGAAGAGAUCAUUCGAAACUAUGCACGCUCAGAAAGUCACAUUGACUUGACUUUCUCUCGAGAACUGACCAUGGAUGAGCGGAAGCAGAUACAUCAGAUCGCCCAAAAAUAUGGUCUUAAAAGUAAAUCUCACGGGCAGGGGCACAACAGAUACUUGGUGGUAAGCAGGAAGCGGCGCAAGGAAGAUCUCUUAGACCAGCUGAAGCAAGAAGGCCAGGUUGGGCAUUACGAACUUAUUAUGCCUCAAACAAACUGAGGUUGGGUGUCCCGUUUUACCGGAGACCGAGCUUCCUAGGUAUUCGAUUAAAGAGAGAGAUGCUGCAUUUUUCUUGUUGUGGGUUAUAUUAACGUUAAGGUCUUCUACUUCGUUAAUAUAAUUUCUAAAACGUUGUUAGGCGUUUAGAACUGACCGAGUUCUGUUCAAGUAUAUUAGCACAACCCAAAAGCAGUAGUGCUGUUGCUGUAUGUGUCUUUGAUAUUACUUGUUCCUUCACAUUUUAAUAGUUUUGUAACAGCAAAAACACACAUCCAACGAGAAGGAAUUUGACAUCAUUUAAAAUUAUAGUUCCCUUAUUCUCCUUGACCAAGGAAGGAAAAAAAAAUGCCUUUUUUUUUUUUUUUUUUUUUACAAAACAAUAAAAUAAUAAAAAGCAAAGGAAAUGCAGUCUGGGGGAAUAAACCUGUAUGUAAAGUUGGUAUUAAUGACAAUAAAAAUAAAGUUUUAUUUCUGGAAAAAAACAGGAUUUGUCACACUUUGUAUUAAAAAAAAGUGUGAAAACUGCGUUUAUUCUUGAGAAAUAUAUAUAGCGAGGUCCUGUCUCUGCUGUGUAUGUAUGUAGAGAGAUGUCCUUAACCAGUUUAACUGUACAGUUUUAUUCAUAGAUUUCUACCUUGAGUCUCCCAUACUGAGAAUUACUGAAUGCACCUUAAUCGUCAGUGUAUCGGGCUAAGAGAAUUCCAGUGCAUUUUUACCUCGGAGCACUGCUUGACGUGUGCAAAUACCGUGGUGAAGUGUGAAAUACAAGAACUGGAGGUAACCGCAGAGCCCACGCUCAAAGAUGCUCGUGGGGACUGUUAUAUAACUUAUUUUUUUACUUUGAAUAUAAGCUCUUUAAUCCUGAGCAAAAUCAAA